AACUAUAAAUCUCUUACAGUGACACAUUCAACUCACUAACACUAUAGGUUUUUUUUAACAUUGUAGCUAAACUGUUGUAGGCUACUGUUCAUAUACCCAACCAGUGGAGAAACAGUCGAAUGCUAUUACUGGGGCCUAAUCUUAGAUUCCACAGCUGCCAUUGGAUUAGUGGGAUAAAAGUCCCUUCAACAAUACAAUGGGCAGGUUUAAUUAAGAGUAAUCCCUGUAAAUAUUGCAAGCACUUUCAUAUGACUUGGUGGAGAGAGGACUACUGCAACAGGACCUGGUAGACUUUUGUGAAAUAAAGGACAAUAACAAAUCAACAAAAUGUCUCAGCUAAAUGUACGAGUCACCACAAUGGAUGCAGAGCUGGAGUUUGCCAUCCAGCCUAGCACUACAGGCAAACAACUCUUUGACCAAAUCGUCAAGACAAUUGGGUUGAGAGAGAUCUGGUUCUUUGGGCUCCAGUAUCAAGACAGCAAAGGAUUCUCGACCUGGCUUAAGCUCAACAAGCGGGUGACAGCCCAGGAUGUCAGGAAGGAGAACCCACUUCUGAUCAAGUUCCGGGCCAAGUUCUAUCCCGAGGACGUGGCAGAUGAGCUGAUCCAGGAGGCUACUCAGCGGCAGUUCUUCCUACAGGUGAAAGAGGGGAUCCUCAACGACGACAUCUACUGUCCCCCCGAGACUGCCGUGCUGCUGGCCUCCUACGCAGUGCAGACUAAAUAUGCAGACUACAAUAAAGAUUACCAUGUUUCUGGCUACUUGGGCAGGGACAAGCUGCUUCCUCAGAGAGUGCUGGAGCAGCAUAAACUGACCAAGGAACAGUGGGAGGAACGCAUUAUGGUCUGGCACAAACAGCAUAAGGGCUUGUUGAGGGAGGACGCUAUGGUGGAAUACCUGAAGAUUGCCCAGGACCUAGAGAUGUAUGGGGUGAAUUACUUCAGCAUCAAAAACAAGAAGGGGUCCGAGCUUUGGUUGGGUGUCGAUGCCUUGGGACUCAACAUUUACGAGCGUUCAGACAAGCUGACCCCCAAAAUUGGAUUCCCAUGGAGUGAGAUAAGGAACAUUUCCUUCAACGACAAGAAGUUUGUCAUAAAGCCAAUUGACAAGAAAUCUCCAGAUUUUGUGUUCUAUGCUCCUCGUCUGCGCAUCAACAAGCGCAUCCUGGCACUGUGCAUGGGCAACCAUGACCUCUACAUGCGCCGGCGUAAGCCUGACACCAUUGAGGUGCAGCAGAUGAAGGCCCAAGCGAGGGAGGAGAAGACCAAAAGACAGCAGGAGAGAGCCCUUUUGGAGAAUGAGAAGAAGAAGAGACAGAAUGCAGAGAAGGAGACAGAAAAGAUCGCUCGGGAGACCAUGGAGCUGAUGGAGAGGCUGAGACAGAUUGAAGAACAAACAAAAAAAGCCCAAGAUGAGCUUGAGGAGCAGACCAAGCGAGCCCUGGAGCUGGAGAAGGAGCGUUCAUUUGCCCAGGAGGAAGCUGAGCGUUUGGACAAGGACCGGCGCGUGGCGGAGGAUGCCAAGACUGCGCUGCUGCAGCAGUCGGAGAGCCAGCUGAAGAACCAGGAGAACCUGGCCACAGAGCUUGCUGCACUCACUUCAAAGAUGUCCCUCCUAGAGGAUGCGAGGAAGAAGAAGGAGGAAGAGGCCAGAAAGUGGCAGAAAAGGUCUUAUCUGUCUGACAGUGACCUGGACAGGAUGAAAGAGAAGUUGAAGAGUAAGCUAAUGGGCGUCCACAUCCAGGAGCUGCAGCAGGCGGAGAACGACCAUGACGAGAAUGACGAGAGCAGCGCCGAGGCCAGCGCUGAGCUCACCGCCACCGGGACGUGCCGUGACCGCAGCGAGGAGGAGCGCAUGACCGAGGCCAAGAAGAACGAGCGCCUGCAGAAACGCCUGCUGGCGCUAAGCAUCGAGCUGGCUGAAGCUCGUGACGAGAGCAUGAAAACCCCUAAUGAUCUGAUCCAUGAUGAGAACGUAAAGGCCGGGAGAGACAAAUACAAGACCCUGCGUCAGAUUCGACAAGGCAAUACAAAGCAGCGGAUUGAUGAGUUUGAGUCUAUGUAAUGGCUCUUUAAAAGCUGAUUACAUUAUGCCUAUGGUCAAGCAUGAUGUAAUAAUACAUCUGUUAAGAACGAAAACUAUGCUAUUUAAGACUACAAACCAUGUGUUGCUGUUAUUGUGAGUUUUUUGGGUAAUCAGAGCGAUUGUGGUGUUGGUUAUGUGAAUGUUUUGCAAGUGUAUAUCACAUUUUGAAAAAGUUGCCAUCACGAAGAUGUUUUCACCUGUUGAUUAUUUUAAUUAUUUUAGAACUAGUAAUUUGUGGUGUAAGAAGAUAUUCCACAUGUGCACCAUGUAUUUAUAUAGAUGUUGUAAUAUUACAUAACGAGGGGUUUCUCUAAAUCGGCAUAAAACUCCACGGAAAUGUCCAUCCCCUUAUUCUGCCACUUUGACAUAAAACAGGGGCAAUAAAAACACCUUUGUUGUAGUAUUAAAUUAUUUAAAGGAAAAGUAUGGAAUUUGGUUUCGGUUUCACAAAAGGUUGUGAAAUUUGAGCUCAACAGCCAAUCAAAUACACCCUCAACCCAGAAAGUGUAUGUGAUUAGAAUGUCAGACUAUGCCUUUAAUCAAUGAUUUGAAUAACUUUUAACACUAAAUGUUUAUGAAUAUGGUCUUACUUAAGUUACUUAAUCAGUCGUUGCGUUUUGUUUUAUUGGAGACUAUCUGAUUGAUGACAGAUUGAUUGAUUGAUGAAUACCUUUAUGAUGUGUGAGGGGAAUACGUUGUCCUGUCACAGCAUGCUUGGACCCCAUCGGACAAUCAAUGAAAUUCCAUGUCAUAUUAAAUAUGUUGAUAACAGUGUUUCUGUCAUAUUCUGAAACAGCUCCACAUGAAAUAUCUAUGGUAUGGGCUGCCCGAACUAACUACAGAUUAACCGAUAAACCAACACGGUGUUCCCAAAAGGAAACCUUUGACCUAG